GGCAUUUUCCAUCAUCCUCUUCGACGCCAUGACUUCAUGUGUAACCUGAGUCCAGGACGAAGGAGGCGGAAAAAAAGGAGAAAUUCUGGUGGUACGGUCCAAGAAGAACAAGAUGGCUGUUCCGGGAGAAGAAAAACAUCUUCGCUUUUUCUCUUAAACACGUAUUUUUUAUGGUGGUUAUUUGCGUGCUUAUAUUAAGCUACUUAAGCCACUUUUUGGGAACUAUUUUAUACCGAAUAUAUUGUUUCUCCGAGAAAAGGUCGAAGAAAGUUUUCUAACGGUUUGGUAAUUGUUUGUAGGACAUCUUUACGGGACGAGCAGCGGUCUAAAGAUGUAUUUCGGUCAUAAAUUCUUCUCAUUAUUAAACUUUUUACUGUGGAGUCAAUAGUUUUAUGUUGAAAGACAUCUAAUUUUUCAGUCCUUAGGUUUUUGCUCUCGUUUCGGGGGAUAACCUCACAUUCCGAUGGUCAGAACCCUUCAGAACAGCUAACUGGACCACCAUGACUUCGUCUAGAGUCAAACCCCAGAGCCAGACUGGCAGGUCGCCCCAAGGACCGGACUCCAGCGAGGGGAUAGAAAUGGAGAACAUCCAGCACCAAGACCUGGGUCUCGGAGGGGUCAUAGGCACUCCGUCUCCCCCGUCCAGGCAGGCGUGGAGCCGAGACAACCCUGUGUUCGAGCCGGAGGAAGAGAUCAUGGAAGCGGACUGGCCUCAAGCGAGUCCCGGGAGGAGGUCGGUGUCCACGGCCUCCAGCGGGAGCAGCAGCUACAACCGCGGGGUCAGCAGCGCCCAAAUCCCCCGAGGAGGACUUUAUCCAACACCGACCCCCACCAUCAAUGGCCGGCAACAGGACAGACGUGAACACCUCAGCUGCCUAAAGAAGCUGCUCCAGAAAAUCAGAAUUCUGUGGGGAACUGAGCUAAUGGAGGACAGCGACAGCAGCAGAGAAAGGUAUCUCAGAAACGUGUUGAGGGAGAUGCUCACAUACAUCGGGUUCCUCAUCACUGUAUGUGUUUUGACGUAUGGGAUGGUGAACUCCAACAUGUACUAUUACACCAAAGUUAUGUCUCAGCUUUUCCUGGACACCCCACUGUCUCCUGGGGACGCCACUACAUUCAGGAGCCUCUCCAGCAUGGCGGACUUCUGGAAGUUCACACAGGGACCUUUCCUCAACGGCAUGUACUGGGAGGUGUGGUAUAACAACAAGAGCCUGCCGGAGAAUCAGAGUUUCAUCUACUAUGAGAACCUUCUCCUCGGAGUACCGCGACUCCGGCAGGUCAAGGUCCGUAAUGAGUCCUGCUCUGUCCACGAAGACCUGCGGGAUGAGGUUCCCGACUGCUAUAACAUGUACACUCCCAGCAACGAGGACACUGCCCCCUUUGGUCCAAAGAAUGGAACAGCGUGGGUGUACACCACAGAGAGUGAGAUGAACAGCAGCGGUCACUGGGGGCAGGUGUCUAAGUACGGAGGUGGAGGGUACUACCAGGACUUGUCUCGAACAAAAGAGGAGUCAGCCAACCAUCUGCAGUUUCUCAAAGACAACUUAUGGCUGGACAGAGGCACCAGAGCGGUCUUCCUUGACUUCUCAGUCUACAACGGGAACAUAAACCUUUUCUGCAUUGCCAGGUUGUUGGUGGAGUUCCCUGCUACUGGAGGCACUGUGACCUCCUGGCACUUCCAAACGGUGCGUCUGAUAAGAUACGUGUCCAGCUGGGACUACUUUGUCGGAGUGUGUGAGGUGGCGUUCUGCCUCUUCAUUCUCUACUAUGUGGUGGAAGAAGUGCUGGAAAUCCACAUUCACCGGCUGCACUACUUCAAGAGCAUGUGGAACUGUCUCGAUGUUCUGAUUGUUGUGUUGAGUGUUGUUGGCAUUAUUAUGAACAUAACCAGAGCAGCCAUGGCCAGAAAUCUGCUCAGUGGGCUGUUGGAGAACUACACAGCUCACCCCAGCUUUGAGCCUCUGGCCAACCUCCAGGUUCAGUUCAACAAUAUGGCAGCAGUUAUUGUCUUUUUCUCCUGGGUCAAGCUGUUUAAGUUCAUCAGCUUCAAUAAAACCAUGAAUCAGCUGUCCACCACCAUGUCCCGCUGUGCCAAAGACCUUGUAGGUUUCGCCAUCAUGUUCUUCAUCAUCUUCCUGGCGUAUGCUCAGCUCGCCUACCUGGUGUUUGGGACUCAAGUUGAUGAUUUCAGCACCUUCCAAGCCAGCGUAUUCACCCAGUUCCGCAUCAUUCUGGGAGACUUUGACCUCUCAGAGAUUGAGGAGGCUAACCCAGUGCUUGGACCUGUUUAUUUUACAACAUUUGUCUUCUUCAUUUUCUUUAUACUAAUGAACAUGUUCCUGGCUAUCAUCAAUGACACAUACUCUGAGGUGAAGGCUGACAUGUCCCAGCAGAGGUCUGAAAUGGAAAUGACUGACCUCAUCAAGAAGGGCUGUAACAAAGCUUUGAUGAAGUUAAGACUGAAAAAAACGCCGGUAGAUGCCAUUUCCAACGGUUUGCAACCAGCACGCAUUAAAAUGAACUUUGAUGAGGUCCGUCAGGAUCUAAAACGGAAGGGCCACACAGAUGCAGAGAUUCAGGCCAUCUUUGCUAAAUGCCAUGCGGACGGCGAUCCGGAGCUUACGGAGCACGAACACCAGCAGAUGAGAGACGACCUGGAGAAAGAGAGAGACUUGGAGCUGGAGCGCAAUUCGCUGACCCGACCCAGCAGUGGGCGUAGCUUCCCUCGCACUCAGGACGACUCAGAGGAGGACGAUGACGAGGACUCCGGCCACAGUUCUCGUCGCCGAGGCAGCAGCUCAGGGGGGGUCUCCUAUGAAGAGUUUCAAAUGCUGGUGAGACGAGUGGACCGGAUGGAGCACUCCAUCGGCAGCAUUGUGUCGAAGAUCGAUGCUGUGAUUGUGAAGCUGGAGGGAAUGGAGAGAGCUAAACAGAAAAGACGAGAUGUGUUGGGCAGGCUACUGGACGGAGUCAUGGAGGAUGAGCGUUUGGGUCGAGACACCGACGUCCACAGGGAGCAGAUGGAGCGACUUGUGAGGGAGGAGUUGGAGCGCUGGGAGUCGGACGACUUGGGCUCACAGGUCAGCCACACUCCCGUCGGCCUGCGGGCCCGUCCUCCGUCCUCGCUGUCCGCAGACGGCCUCGAUGCGAGCUCAAACGCAGGCGCCCAUGUUUAAAAGUGACUCCGGUCCGGAAAAAGACAAUAAGAAACUCCUGCAACAGUGAAUAAAAACCUUCAGACGUGGUGAAGAUUUUUCAGAACAAAUUCAUUACUGAAGGCGUUUAAUUAGCUAGAGGCAAAACCUCUGCAGUGAGAAUCUGUCCAAUCAAAAAGCAUUAUUCUGAUGAAGCACCACAGGAUGAAGAUUAAUAGCAUUAAAGAGCCUUGCAAGCAUAUUGAGUAUUAUUCAGUUUUCUGCUUUUUAACUCUGCGUCCACACAUCACAUUUACAUGUUUAUUAUUUUUCAUGUUAACACAGAUACAGGUGUGGCCCAUCCCGCCAUAUUUAGUCCUCUGCUCAUCAGGUAAUCAGCUUAUGAUUUUAUUAUGAUACAUAUUGUAACUUGAAACAAACUUCAACUUGGAGUGCGAAUAAUGUUCACAGGAAGCCUGUGCGUUUACUAUUAUUUCCUUAAAAUCGCUCUGAUUUACAAUCUGUUUGUUUUUAAUCUGUUUCGCCCAAUAAACUCGUAAUAAAAAAGUAA